AUGAACAUGCUCGUCUACAUGGACAGAGGCGUUAUAUCGAGCAAUGGUGUAAAUGGAGCUCGAGGUGAUGACAAGUCGCCUGGUUAUGGCAUCCAGGGUGACUUUGGGCUGAGCCUGACCCAGGAUGGCUACCUUCCUGCAGCUUUCCUGGUCGGCCUUCUUGUGUCGUCGCCAAUCUUCGCAGAGGCCAGCAAGCACGUCAAUGCCUUCAGGCUAAUCGCUCUGGGCCUGGGUGUCUGGACCCUGUCCACAGCUGGCUGCGGCUUGAGCAUUGGCUUCUGGAGCCUGCUCACAUGCCGCAUGUUUGUGGGGGUUGGAGAGGCUUCUUUUGUGGCGCUGGCCUCGCCAUUCAUAGAUGACAACGCGCCUCCGCAUGCAAAGACCAGAUGGCUGGCCACCUUUUACCUCUGCAUCCCGGUUGGCUAUGCCCUGGGGUACAUAUUUGGGGGGUUGGUGGCGGGUCCUCUGGGCUGGCGCGCGGCGUUUUUGCUGGAGGCCGCAGCGAUGGCGCCCUUUGUGGCCUUCUGCGCCCUCGCACCCCCCAUCCACCUGCGCGGCAUGACCAAAGAGGCGGACAGGACUCCGGCAGAGGUGGUGAGGGGUGUGAAGGGGCCAAAGGGGUUUGGGAGAGGGUUGGCUGGGGCGGUGAGAGAGGUUGGGGAGGACCUGGUGACCGUGUGCAGGCACCCUGUCUACGUCUGCACCGUGGGCGGCCAGACCCUGUACACUGCCUUCAUAGGGGCGAUAGCGUAUCUAGGGCCGAAGGCGGGAAGGGAUGUGUUUGCAAUCAGCGGGGAGACGGCGGAUCUGGUGUUUGGGGCGGUCACGGUGCUGACUGGAGUGUUCGGCACGCUGACGGGCGGGUAUGUGCUGGAUCGCAUGGGCUCCACCAUGGGCAAUGCCCUCGCCAUUUGCGCUGGCGGCAUGGCCAUCGGGGGUGUGCUCAUCCUGCUGGCCUUUGGAGUGACCACAUCGCUGUUGGCAUUUGUACCUCCCUUUGCAGCCGGGCAAUUCGCCAUCUUUGGCAUUCAGGCGCCCAACACGGCGGUGGUGCUGUGGUCGGUCCCGGCGCGGCUGCGGCCGUUUGCGAUGUCGCUGCAGGUGAUAGUCAUCCAUGUGUUUGGGGACGUUCCCUCCCCCGUCCUUCUGGGCUGGUUGCAGGAGCGCAUCCAGAAUUGGCGGAUAAGCAUAGGCAUCAGCGCGGUGCUGCUGUUCCUGGGAGCGGCUGUGUUCAACCUGGGGCGGUAUUUCAGCGGCAGGGAGCCUGAUUACCGCAUUGUGACUGCCAGCGAGGAUGCAUCUGCAGCACAUGAUGAGGAUCCUGGCACGCCCCUGCUCAGGGACACAGACGGCGCAUCACAUGUCUGA